AUGAAGCGAUCAAGAAGAGAUAGCGAGGCCAAGUCCACUGCCGUCGUUACCACGGGUCGGAUAGAACGCAAAAGAGCUCACGACCGCGAAGCACAACGAGCCAGCCGAGCAAAGACCAAGGCAUAUAUUGCACACCUUGAAAAGACCGUUGCCGACCUCACCGAGACGAGUGGCGAUGCUCGCGCCAAUUACCUCGCACAACAUGCCACACAACAAUCACAAGAGAUCGAAUCCCUUCAGGGCCUCGUAGGAAAGAUCAAAUCGCUGAUCCAGGACGCAUCGACCAGCCCUCAAACAAACCGACGAGGAGAUUCCCCACACGAUACUUCAAGUCCAGAGACCAUAAUCAGAGAUGAUGGAGACCGGCAUCAGCAUUCAAAUAGCGGCGGAAACAACAAUAAUGCAUCAUCUUCCACAUCAUCGUACAACGCUCCCACCGUUGCCUACCCCGCCACUCCCUCACCACACGGCAACCUCACCCUCCUCGGAGAAUCCCUCCUCUGCUCCGAAGACGACGACACAACCUACUUCGACCGACUCAACCGCGUCCUCGAGCAGGUCGAGGCCCACCCUUCGGCCACGACCGGCCACAUCAGCAACCCCACCACGGACCAAGACAUCCUCAUCCGCGCUAUCCUCUACGGCUGGGACGCCGCCGAGCGCCUGCACCACUUCGACAUCGUCUGGCGGUUCCUGCGGGCCUUCGACGAGGGCCUCUGGUACCGCGCCGGGCCCCUCGAGCGCAUCGCCCACCACUGGCUCUUCCGGAACGUGCUC